UUCGAUUCGCUCUCGCUGCUGCGGUCCCCAUAGUAUUGGUCUGCUCAGCGAAUGGAAGGCCUGCAUUUGACGAAACGUUGAAUUUCCUAGAGCAAUGGAGAGAGGCGCGACUGAAGGUGGGAUGUCUUUGGGCUCUCCGGGCUACUUCCGCCGACCAUUUCGCUGAUAUAUUAAUGCUGACCGAGCCCGUACACAUACCUUGACACUGCCCCUCCUACUGCUUCACCUCUUCUUCUUCUUCUCCUUCGUGUGUCCUUAUAUUCGAAAUAGACCACCACAGAUAUCACUCUCAUCAUGUCUGCGAACGGCAAUGGCGUCAAGAAGGAGCGCACGCCUCUACGUGCUGGUGUCUAUUCGCCCACAAUGACUUUUUUCGACGCUGAAACAGAAGAGCUCGACGUGCAAACAAUCAAGAAGCACGCUGUCCGCCUCGCUGAGGCCGGCCUGGUUGGUCUUGUCACGAUGGGCUCCAACGGCGAAGCUGUCCACCUUUCCCGCGCAGAGAAGCAGACUGUCACACGAGCAACACGUGAAGCUCUCGAUGAGGCUGGCUACAAAGACGUUCCUGUCAUUGUUGGUGCUUCAGAACACGGCAUCAAGCUCACAAUCGAACUCGCCAAGGAGGCCGAGGCAGCUGGUGGUGAAUACAUCCUGACCGUCCCACCUUCUUACUACCGCUAUGCUAUCGACGAGGAAGCCAUCGAGGAGUACUUCACUAAGGUUGCCGACGCUUCGCCUCUUCCCAUCAUCAUCUACAACUACCCCGGUGCUGUUUCUGGAAUUGACAUCGACUCUGACCUGCUCAUCAAGCUUGGCAAACACCCCAACAUUGUCGGCACAAAGUUCACCUGCGGCAGCACAGGAAAGCUGACCCGUGUUGCGUAUGCCCUCGACGCUGUCUCCACCAAGAGCACAGGGAGCGGCUACAUGGCUCUUGGCGGUAUUGCAGACUUCACAGCACACACAGCCGCAUGCGGCGGUUCUGGUAUCAUCGCCGGUGGUGCUAAUGUCCUCCCUAAGACUUGCGUCAAGGUCUGGAACCUGUGCGCAGAGGGCAAGCUUGAGGAGGCUUUCGAGCUUCAGAAGAAGCUCAGCAAGGGCGAUUGGGUUCUGACAAAAGCUGCCAUUCCUGGUACGAAGUCGGCAAUCCAGAGCUACUUCGGCUAUGGUGGAUAUCCCAGGAGGCCGCUAAAGAGGCUGUCGAAGGAGAAGACACAAGCUGUUGCGGACGGGAUCAAGGAGAUCAUGGAGAUCGAGAACAGCCUGUGAAUGCUUGGUAUCUACCUCAGUAACUGGGCAGGUCAAAAUAUUCUCAUGCAUUUACGAAGUUCAUCGUGUAUAUGAUCAGUCAAAAUCGAAAGUUGUAUCAUAAACCCUGGGGCCUCGCCUGUCGAACUCCGUGCUACAUGUUGACUUUCUGAGCCUGUAUCCCGUGGCACAACUGCUUGGAUAACCAGUUGGUAUCGCAAUAAAGCUUGUAAGUAUCGUCUUUGGUGUCUCAGGUAUAAGAGAUAUGAUUAUGAGUAUAAGAGAUGUGAUUGUG